AUGUCUCUGGGAAGCAGCAAUUCCAAGGAUUUUAUGAAGACAGGAAAACAAACAUCAGAAACCCAAUUCCAUGGAAGCUACAAUAAUCCAUUGGCUACAUUUUUGGACAAGGAAUCUGUAAAUGUCCCACAGCCCAUGACAGGCAACCAGAAGUCGAAGAAAAGCAUGUCCCAUUCCAUCAGCUUGUUCAGGAAAUAUCUCCUGGACAAAGCUCACCAGGGCAAAGCCAAUCCGCCGGAGGAGGAAUUCAUCAAAUCGCAGCGGCCGACAUGCCACGGUCUGAUUCCACCACAAAGCAUCAUUAGUUCACUUCGACGCCCUUCAUUUCUAGAGCAAAUGUUACUCCCAGGAACAAGGUCGGAUGAGAAACCAACGAUGAAAAAUCAGGCAUCCAAGGGCCAACUCACUAUUUUCUACUCUGGCGCUAUCAAUGUGUAUGACAAUGUUCCCAUUGAUAAGGCCAAAGCAAUCAUGCUUCUUGCUGGUGAAAGCUCUCCAGGGAAUUCUGCCAGCCCAAAAAUGCCGACGGCUCAUGGAGCUGUCGACACUCCCUCUCACUCUCUUUCGUUACCGUCGGUCUGCGAGUUACAAGCAGACCUUCCGAUCGCGAGAAAGAAUUCGCUUCAACGGUUCCUUGAGAAACGUCGAAACAGGAUCUUAAACAAAGCUCCCUACACACUGGCCGCCAUAAAGCGAGACAUUAAUGAGGCAGCAGCAAAGGAAUGUUCUCUAGGAAAUCCAUCAUUUUCUCCUUCGCCAUUUCCAUCUUUUGUUAGCUUUAAUCCAUGUGUUUCAGCUUAUCUAGCAUGA